AUGGAGCAGAUCAUCUUCCGGAAGAUCAGCGAUGUCAAGAAGGAAGAAGAGGAGCGCCUGCGCCAGAAGAACGAGGUGACGCUGAGCAUCCCAGUGGACCACCCCGUGCGGAAACUCUUCCAGAAAUUCAAACAGCAAAAGGAGAUGCGUAACCAAGGCUCAACCCACAUCGAUCCAGAACGGAACCAGCUUCAGGUGGAAAGCCGGAGCGUGCAGAACGGGGCCUCCAUCACAGGUACCAGCGUGGUCACCGUGUCUCAGAUCACCCCUAUCCAGACGUCCCUGGCUUACAUGAAAACCAGUGAGGCUGUGAAGCAGAACAACAGAGAUGCGAUGGAGCUCAAGCCAAAUGGAAAUGGAGACCAAAAAUGUCUGAAAGUAAACAGUCCUAUGCGGAUGAAAAACGGGAAUGGGAAAGGGUGGCUUCGCCUGAAGAACACAAUGGGAACCCAUGAGGAGAAGAAGGAGGAUUGGAACAACGUCACAAAGGCUGAGUCCAUGGGGUUGCUGUCGGACGACCCCAAGUGCAAUGACUCAGAGAACGGUGUAAAUAAAAACCCACUGAGGAAAACAGACUCUUGUGACAGUGGAAUAACAAAAAGUGACCUUCGCUUGGAUAAAGCUGGUGAGACUCGCAGUCCCCUGGAGCACAGCCCCAUUCAGGCUGAUGCUAGGCAUCCUUUCUACCCUAUUCCUGAGCAGGCCUUACAAACCACUCUGCAGGAAGUCAAGCAUGAACUCAAAGAAGAUAUCCAGCUGCUAAGCAGUAGGAUGGCUGCCCUUGAAAAGCAGGUGGCAGAAAUUUUAAAAAUAUUGUCUGAAAAGAACGUACCCCAGAUCUCUUCCCCCACAUCUCACUUAUCACCCCAGCGGCCCUCCCAGAUACCCUGUCAGGAUAUUUUUAGUGUUUCAAGGCCUGCAUCACCUGAAUCAGAAAAAGAUGAAAUCCACUUUUAG